CAUCAUUGGCGAAUUAGGCUCCUGCAGAGGAGUUCCUUGGUGCAGUGGCGACUACGCCGCUGCAGAAAAUACUAAGAGGCAAUGAAGCGGUUGUUGAGAACGGUGUAGAUGUGGACAAUGCAUUGAUGGCAUGCACCAUAAUAUUGAGCGUGCAAAAGAUAAGCAAACCCAGCGCAACAAAAGCAAUCAGAGAUGUGCAAAAUCGGUGAACUGCCAUGUUAGCGACUACGUCCUAUGGUCUCGCGUCCAAGCGAAGACACGUGUGAACAAGUUGUCAGUAAAAUGGAUUGGUCCGUAUGGCGUGAUUGGUACCAAGACCAAUUCAUUCGAGAUUGAGCACCUAAUUAGUGUAAUAACGCGUGACGUGCACGCAUCCCGUCUGAAGCUGUACGUGGAUAAUAGCUUUGAUGUCAACGAGGAGAUUUGUAAGCACAUUGCAAACCAGGACGUGUACCUUACUGUCAAAUCAUUGAAGCAGCAUCGCGAGCACCCAUCGCAUAAUUACGAGCUACUCGUAAGAUGGGAAGGAUUGGAGGAUACUGAAGACUCCUGGGAGCCUAUUCAGACUAUGUACGAGGAUGUUCCAGUGAAAGUGCUGGAGUACGCCGAUGCGACCAAUGACUGUAACCUGCAUCAGUGGCUACUGAAACACAAGGGCCCUCUUCGUACUGCACCAACAUCAACGAAGAAGAAGCAGGGACGCAAACAAGCAAAGAAGCGCAAGAAUACCAAGGUUCCUCAAAACUGA